AUGCGUGACGAAAUAUGCCGUAGCUGCGGUGAAGUUUGCGAGUAUAUAAACAAAUGUAAACACUGUAAACGCAGAUUCUGUGAUGACUGCUGGACAAGUCAUGUCAAUGAUUUGAAGGAUGAACUAGGUAAUAUAAAUGGGGAUCUCGAGACAUCAUCGACCAGAUUCGAAGAAAAAAUAAUCAACUUUGAGAGCAAAGCAAACGAAACGGUGGAAUUCAUUAAUAGGGACAUCGAGGCUCAGAUAACUGAACUUAAUAAAAAGAGGGACAAUCAGAUUAAGAAGGUAGAGCAUAUAAUUGCUACGGGAGAAACGUCAGUUGAUGAUAUUAGACAAAGGAUGGAAAAAACUCAAAUGGAGAUAAAGGAACACAAGGAAGUGCAAUAUGAUACACUGUCUGAUAAUGAGGAAAAGGUGAAAACAUUUUUGGACCUGCAGCAAAAGGCCGCGGAAAUAAUGGCAGCAGUUACCAUUUGGGAAUCGGAAUUAAAUGAUUUUGAGAGGGACCUCAGAAAAGUUAACAAGCGUGGAAAGUCAUUUAUGAAAGAGAAGACUGGUCCUUCGUACAAGCGGAAAAAUUUCACACCCAAAAUUAUCGUGACCCGUGACAUAGUGCAGCGACCAUCGGCACUUGCCGUUGAUUCCUGGAGGGAUAACAUUAUCGUAACCUGUCCGGGAUCGGGACGGAUUGUCAUUCUCGACAGGAAGUUCAAACUUGUGCGGAAAAUUCGUCACCAGGAGAUGAUGGCACCUCAAGGAGUUGCCUUCCUGCAGGAACACGACGAGAUAUACGUGACAGAUAAAUGGAAGCAUUGCAUCUUCGUGUUUAAUCACAACGGCGAACUCGUUCGUCGCAUGUGCGAAAAAGGUCACAGAGAGUCGGAGCUGUGCUCGCCGGAAGGAAUCGCGUUUCAUCCGGAACGUAGCGUGCUUUACGUCGCUGAUACCGAGAACAAUCGUAUCCAGAUUCUUGAGAGGGACGGCACGUAUCUGGACAGCAUCGGGCCCAAGGGUAAAAACACAAGGGGCACUGUCAGAUUCCGUAAAACUGGCCCAACCGCGAGCCAAUUGAAUCAACCGACCGACGUGGCUGUUACGAUAACUCGCGUCGCCAUCGCCGAUUCCGGAAAUCACAAGAUAAAGAUAUUCAAUCACGACGGGCAAAUUCUACAGUCGAUCGGUGGCAUCGGCACAGCAAAGGGUUUAUUUAGAUCACCUGAGGUGUUGAAGAUCGAUGCGAAGGGAUACAUCAUUGUUGGUGACGCUGGAAAUGGGAGAGUUCAGAUUUUUUCCCCGGAAGGCGAAUUUCUACGAGUGUUAGGUGUUAAAAAAACUCAAGGACAUAAAUUUGCAUGGGUAUCAGGUUUGUUCGUGACAAAUAAUUAUAAUAUUUUAGUUUCUGAUAGCAAAAAUAAUUUUGUAUAUUUAUUUUAA